AUCCUCGGACGGACCAGCGCGCGCGCCUUCCCGUUCCCAGUUUCCGGAAGCCAAAACCAGUGGCGCCGUCCCACUCAAACCCAACCCGCUGCGCACCCACCCCCUCCAGGGAGGGAUAUACAUAGCUAGCGCCCUCUCCCUCCGUUGCCCAGCCAGCAAGCUCCAUCCCCGGCUCCAUCCCACUCGCACAUCGACGACCGAUCAUCGAUCGCCACCCACCUCCAGCACUCGGUUACUCCUCGUUCGCUCCAGGCACACCAGCAAGGAGGAGGCAGGAGAGAUGAGGCUGAGCUGCAACGGGUGCCGCGUGCUCCGCAAGGGGUGCACGGACGCGUGCACCAUCCGGCAGUGCCUGCAGUGGAUCAAGGCCCCCGACGCGCAGGCCAACGCCACCGUCUUCCUCGCCAAGUUCUACGGCCGGGCGGGGCUGCUCAACCUCAUCGACGCCGCGCCCGACGCCGCGCUCCGCCCGGCCGUCUUCCGCUCCCUGCUCUACGAGGCCUGCGGCCGGAUCGUCAACCCCGUCUACGGCUCCGUGGGGCUGCUCUGGUCGGGGAAGUGGCACCUCUGCCAGGCCGCCGUCGAGGCCGUCCUCAGGGGCGCGCCCAUCGUCCAGAUCUCCGACGAGGACGCCGCCGCCGCCAGCCCCGCGCACCUGCACAAGGCCGCCGCCGCCUCGUGCUACGACAUCCGCCACGUCGCCGCCAAGUCCAAGCCGGCCGACGACGCCCAGAGCAGCAAAGGCGGCAGCGUCCUCCACAAGGUCGCCAAGCCCGGGCGCACGCGCUUCAAGCGCUCGUCGUCGUCGUCGUCGCCGCCAUCGAAGAGGCAGGCCACCAAGGCGAGCAAGCCUUCCGGCACGGACGACGACGCCGACGACGUGGUGAUGGCGGACCGCCGCCAACACGACGACGAACAGCACGUCCAGCUGGUGAUGGCGGACCACGCGUCGUCCGACGACGACACCCACCACCACCAGGAGGCGUCGGCGGCGUCGCUCGACACGGACGCCGAGGCCGCCUCCCACGUCAGCCAGGCCGAGCAGAUCCCCGCGGCGGAAGAGGACCACCUCCAACAAGAGCAGCAACAGCAGCAUCAGCCGGGCCUCGACCUCACGCUCGGGUUCGGACUGUUCGCACCCGUGGCCGCCGCGGCGCGCCCGCCGACGCCACCCGCGGACGCCGGCUGCAGCCGCGGAGCCUGGAGCACCGCCGAGGAGCCCGGGGUCGUGGGCUUCCAGUUCCUCUAGGCUAGCUCCAGCAAGCGGCACACUCAUCUCCUGUACAUGUGUUACACAGGCAGGCAGAGACGAGUGAUAGAGGUCGCCAUUGCAAAAGCAUAGAGGUUUUUGCACUAGGAACAAACUCAAGUUUUUUUCCCCACCCCAAGUCCGUUUCGCUUAGAUUUAGGCCCAAAGAGAAGCAGUACCACAACUCCUUACAAUUGUUAAAAUUAGGCUUCUUUUCCUUUGUUUUUCUUUUUCUUGACUGAAACAUGAUACAGUUUCCUGUUACUCUGUGAAUGAACAAGAGGAAGAAUCAAAUUGAAACAAUGGCUUUGUUUA